CAGGUCAGCGUCGGCGCCAUGUUGGACCGGGCAACUGCAACAGAACCUUGAGCUGGCGAAAGAAAAUGCCAGAUUCGUGUGCUGCUUGGGGAUGUAAAAACCGCCGCGCAGUCCAAACCAAAUCGCGAGGAAUUACCUUUCACAAGUUUCCUAAAGAGAACGUGUUGAGAAAGCAGUGGGAAAUCGCCUUAAAAAGGAAAGGUUUUUCAGCCAGUGAGUCCUCAGUGCUGUGCAGUGAACACUUCAGGCCACAGGACCUGGACAGGACAGGUCAGACUGUCAGGGUCAGAGAUGGAGCUAAACCCUCAGUCUUCAGUUUUCCAGCUCAUAUGCAAAAACACGUGACAGCCAGGAAAACUCAAACCUCAAUAAAGGCUGAAGAGCUUUAUGCAGUGAACAAAGAGACUACGCAGAAACAAGAGACUAAACCUCUGCCAAAUGUGGAUCACUCAUAUGCAUUACCUGCAGAUCUGCCAGGACUAAAGACCAAACUCGUGGAAGCCUUGGCUAGAGUGGAGAUUCUGGAGAGACACAUGAGGAACAUGAAGAAACGAGAACAGAGAGUAAAGAACAUGGUGCUGGCUGUGCUGAAGGAUCUGGGGGGAAAGAACCUCAUGAACAAAGAACUGAAACGCAAGCUCAGAAUCUACUUGAGGAAAAUGAAAGGUUGAAUUUUGGGUAUCUUCUGUUUACACUAUCCUUUUGUUGGAAUUCUUACAGGGAAUGAGUUUGAAGUUCUGAACUUAAAUGAAAGAUCAGAUACUAUGCAGGAUUUCUAUUCUAGUAUUUGACAGCUCAAGUUCAUUGUACACUUCUGUAGAUUGGAGUCCUGCAUUUGAUAUUUAUAUGAUGUGAUUUUUGAAGGAAAAGACUCAUCAACUCAAAAUGUAUGCAGAUUGAUUUGUUUGUUUGUGAAAUGAAGCUAUUCCUGUAUUUUUAUAAUUAUUGUGUGUAAAGAGAAAUAACUUAUGAGCAAAUAUUUAGAUAAUAAAUCAUUCAAUGUCUUUAUGGUUUUGAAAUGAAUUUUGUUUUGUAAUAUUUCAGUAGAUUUUUUUUUUAAAUUAUGAAAAAUGGCAGAAACUUGUGUAACAAAACAACAAUUGACUAAUGCGGUGUUUCUCAACCACGUUCCUGGAGAAGCACCAGCUUUCACAUUUUCAUGUCUCCUUAACCAAACACACCUGAUUUACAUCAUCAUCUCAAUCAUCAUCUCAUCUGUAAUGGGCGUGGCAGACAAAAAAGACAUCCAAAACAUGCAGUGCUGGUGCUCCUUCAAGGACAUGGUUGAGAAACACUGGACUAAUAUAUACGCUACACAUUAUAUUUUAAGAGAAACUAGUUUUAUGGAAUGUUUUAGAAAGGCAAGACUUUACACCCUUCAUGUUAGAAAAGUGGUAAAAAAAACUACAAAAAAAUGCUAAAGCUAUGCUAAAACAUGUUAGCAACAUUUCACUAUAUACAAAACCAACUUUUAAGAAGUUCAAGCUUGCAGACAAAGACUUGUCCAACCAAACUCCUAGGUUGUCAAGAAAUAUUAAUCGCUCUUUUUGUUCUGUAUUUUACCACCGCAAAUUUACUGUUUCUGCACUUCAUGCAGGUUAUCACAAAUACAUAUUUAUAAAAGGAAACUGAAAGUAUAUAGGAAAUGAGGAAUAUUUAAAGAAAUAAUAGUUAUCCUAAAUCACAUUUCUCUGUGGAAGUGGCAUGUUUAUUGUCCUGUUAAAGGACAAAUUCUCCCAAAUAAGAACGUCCUCAUUUACUCACACUCAAGUAGUUCAAUUCCUUUCUUCCACCAAACACAAAACAAGAUUUUGUGAAGAAUGUUGGGGAAAUGGCUAUUGACCUCCAU